ACUUGAUUAUCAGCUAACAAUUCAUCUUAAUGUGCAGCCUCCAAACUUUCCCAUCUAAUAUUUUUAACACGGAGAACUCCAUUACGUAAUAUUUUUAUACUACCAAUUUAAUAAAUCAUUUUAUUUUAUAAUAAAUAGUGUGAUGACAUAUUAGCUGUACUCUAUAAAUAUGAAUAAAUCCUCCACUCGUUCUCCUCCCCUUUCUUUUCUGACCGAUCACCUCCCUCACACCGUCACCCCUCUUUCCCCAUUAUUCCAAAACCCUAAACUCCCAUUUUCGUAAACCUAUUCUUCUCCCUUUUCUUCCAAUUCCAACCAUUUUCACCCACCCAUUUACCCAAUUAGUCGAUCUGCUCCUUCAAUUUCACCAAUUUGCCCCAAAAAUUCGAUCUUUUUCCUCAUUUUCACCCAUUUUUCGCCGACCCGUUACUCUAAAGGUUCAAUUUUACCUUCAAUUCCCCCUUAAAAAAAUUCGAUCUUUCACCAUAUGGGUACAUUCAGGGUUCCAUCGGAACCUUCAAAGCCCCAAAAUUCAUCGUCUUCUCAGCUCACAACCACCACAUCAACGUCUCGGAUCGAUACGAUUAAUGGGUCUCAUGAAUUUAAGGUUGAAGGUUACGCUUUGUCGAAAGGUAUGGGAAUUGGGAAAUAUGUAACUUCGGAGAUUUUCACGGUGGGUGGUCAUUCUUGGGCUGUUUACUUUUACCCAGAUGGUAAAAGUGCUGAGGAUAAUGGUACCUAUGUUUCACUCUUCAUUGCCCUUGCUAGUGAUGCUACCGAUGUUCGAGCUUUGUUUGAGCUGUCUCUUAUGGAUCAGAGUGGUAAUGAGAGGCAUAAGGUGCAUACCCACUUUGGUAGGGUGUUGGAGACCGGUCCCUACACGCUCAAAUACCGCGGUAGCAUGUGGGGCUAUAAACGCUUUUUCAGGAGAAUAUUAUUGGAAACAUCAGACUAUCUUAAAGAUGAUUGUCUCUUGAUCCAGUGUACUGUUGGUGUUGUUAGAUCAUACAAUGAAACACCGAAGACUUUCUCCCUGCCUGUGCCACCGUCAGACAUUGGGCUUCAUUUUGGGCAGCUCCUUGAGAGUGGAGAGGGAGCUGAUAUAAAGUUUGAAGUUGAAGGUGAAGUCUUUGCUGCACACAAGUUGGUUCUUGCUGCCCGCUCCCCUGUGCUUCGAGCACAACUCUUUGGUCCAUUGAAGGAAGAGAACAUACAAAGUAUUAAAGUUGAAGAAAUACAGGCUCCAGUAUUCAAGGCGUUGCUCCACUUCAUCUAUUGGGAUGCCCUCCCUGAUUUACAAGAGCUUGUGGGUCUCGAUACAAAAUGGGCAGUUGCUUUAAUGGCUCAGCAUCUGCUUGCUGCAGCUGAUCAGUAUGGUCUUGAGAGAUUGAGAGCACUUUGUGAGGCUAAACUUUGCGAGGAUGUUACAAUCAAUACUGUUGCUACAACUUUAGCAUUGGCAGAUCAGCAUCAUUGUGUCCAACUGAAAUCUGUGUGCCUUAAGUUCAUUGCGAUGCCUGAAAAUUUGAAAGCUGUGAUGCAAUCGGAGGGAUUUGAUCACUUGAAGGAGAGUUGCCCUUCGGUCAUCACGGAAUUGCUGAAGUAUGUUGCUGGGAUGAAUGAACAUUCAAUCAUCUCUUAUGUACAUGGUGGGCACAUUCUAGAUGGCACUGAUGUGAAUGGAAGAAGAGUGAAGCAAAGGAUAUAUUAAGUGCAAGCCACAUAUUUGAUGCUGUGUGGCAAUUUAUAAUGAAAUUGCCAUCAUUUUUUAGCAGUUCCUAUUGGUAAAGUAUUAGUUCUAUUUCCAAAGUGCAUAUAGUCCAGGAAUGCUUUUGUCGAUCACUCAUGUUCUGUUUCUGAGCAAAAUGACCUUUAACCUAGGCUGGAUGAGGAGAAGGAGUGUGCCUACAAUAUGUGUAGUAGGUGCUCAAAUAAUUCUCAUUUUAGGUGUCUCAAAAGUCAUGGUUGGUCCAAACACCAGUCGAUUCUGCUGUAGCGUGAUUUCUUUCUUUCCCUUUGUAUACUGAAGAUUUUAAUCUUGUCAAGUUAAAGCCUAUUUGGCUAACUGGUCUGAUUUUUCGCGUCAUGUCUUGGUUCUCAUGUAUUAUGAUUGAUAAUAGUGUUCUGGUUUUCAUUUUUGUCACCUGUA